AUGCGGCGGCACAAACGAUGGCCGUUGAGGCCUCUCGCCAGUGCUUCGGUUCGUUGCAUCUCUUCGGCGGCGGAGACAGUCACUACUCCGACGGCUGCGGCGGCUUUCCCGUUAAAGCACGUGACGAGGUCGAACUUCGAGACGACGCUUAACGAUCUGCGUGCACACGUGAAGGCUGCUGAUUUCGUGGCGAUAGACCUGGAGAUGACCGGCGUGACGAGCGCUCCUUGGCGAGACUCGUUGGAGUUCGACCGCUACGACGUUCGGUACCUAAAAGUCAAAGACUCCGCCGAGAAAUUCGCGGUCGUUCAGUUCGGCGUCUGUCCUUUUCGCUGGGAUUCUCUCACUCACUCAUUCGUCUCUCACCCGCAUAAUUUCUAUGUAUUUCCUCGUCAAGAUCAUCAUGAGUUUCUCUGCCAGACGACUUCCAUGGACUUCCUUGCUAAGUAUCAGUUUGAUUUCAACACCUGCAUCCAUGAAGGAAUCUCUUAUUUGUCCAGACGACAAGAGGAAGAGGCAAGUAACCGUUUUGAAAUGAUGUACGAUGAUGAGGAAGGUGUGGUUGAAACAGAAGAUUUCAAGUUGGUGCGUUUAGCGGAUGUUCUUUUUGCUGAGAGGAUUAAGAAGAAGCUGAAUGAAUGGCGGUCUGAGCUCUUACAUGGUGGGAAUGCAUCUUCUGAGUCUCCUGGGAUCUCAAAUGGGUCGACACAGAGUACUGAAACUGUGUUUUAUCACAUGCGUCCUGCUCUCAGUCUGCAGGGUUUCACUUCUCAUCAGCUCAGAGUUAUUAGAUUGGUUUUAGGAAAGCAUUUUGGAGAUCUUGUAUACAUACAUGCCAAUGAUAAAAGUUCCUGUUCCCAAGACUUUGUUGUGUACACUGAUUCAGAAUCCGACAAGGAAAAUCUCUUGAAAGAGGCAAAGGAUGAACGCAGGAAAGUGGCGGAAAGAAAAAUACAAUCUGCAAUAGGGUUUCGUCAAGUUAUUGAUCUGCUCUCUUCAGAGAAGAAGUUGAUUGUUGGUCACAAUUCUAUCCUCGAUAUUGCACAUGUAUACAGCAAAUUUAUGGGUCCUCUUCCUUCAACAGCUGAGAAAUUCGUGGCCUCCAUCAACGACCACUUUCCUUACAUUGUCGACACCAAAAUACUCUUAAACGUGAACCCAAUGUUAAAUCAGAGGAUGAAGAAGUCAAGUACAUCACUAUCCUCUGCCUUCUCCUCGUUAUGUCCACAAAUCGAGUUUCCUUCGCGAAGCUCUGACUCGUUUCUUCAGCAGCGUGUCAAGAUUGACGUCGAAGUAGACAACGUUAGGUGUUCUAACUGGAAUGCAGGAGGAAAACACGAAGCAGGUUAUGAUGCUUUCAUGACAGGUUGCGUCUUUGCACAGGCAUGUAGUCAUCUAGGGUUCGACUUCGAACAUGAUUCAGAGAACAUUGCACAGAACGAGAAACUUGAAAAGUACAUUAACCGUCUUUAUCUCAGCUGGACAAGUGGCGAUAUCAUCGACCUACGAACAGGCCAUAGUAAUGCAGAGAACUGGAGAGUCUCGAAGUUUAAAUACGAGAAAAUCGUCCUCAUCUGGAAUUUCCCACGAAAACUCAAGGCUAGACAGAUCAAAGAAUGCAUCUGCAAAGCCUUUGGCUCGACUUCCGUCACUUCUGUCUACCACUUAGACGACACUGCAGUUUUCGUCUUGUUCAAGAACUCGGAACUUGUUUCCGAGUUCCUAAAGGUCAAGGAGCAGCUUGAGUCAGACAAUGGUCCUGUCACGAUCAUUCACCCUCUCUCCAAGAUCCUUGAAGGAGGGAAAACCGGAGCUGCAGACUACGAAGCCUACAAAGAGAUUUGCAGCUCACACAUUUCAAAGGUCCUAUUCUCUGACCAAGCUGAAACUGUUGGUGUCAAACCAAGAACAAGACCUGAGACUGAGAGAAGAGAGAGCAUGGUCGCUGUGACUGACAAUGACAAAGCAUCGGAUUUGAUCGAUGCGUUUUUGGCAAGUAGAGUUUAA